UACCUUGACAGCAUCGACCGCUGGGCUUCUGUGCGCUGCGCUGGGUAGCGCGGUCGGAGUCAGAAGAAGACAGGAGACAACAUCUAUGAGCGGGUCGCCCAUCCAUGGAUCCUCCUCCUGUCAGGAGCAGCUGUUGAGGAGGAAUCAGUGACUGGUCUGGUCUCGUUUCUGAACCAUGAGGUACGGAGCGGUGGUUCUGGCGGCCGGACUCACGGGUCUGCUCAGCUUCAGCCUGCUCACGGUGGCCAUCGGGACUGAUUAUUGGUACGUCAUCGACGUAAACAGCCCCAACCACACAGGUGCGGAUGAGCUGGGCUCCCACUCUGGCUUAUGGAGGAUCCAUGAAGGGUCAAACCGGACUUCAGUCAUCCCCUUCUUCACGGCGAACACCUCCAGCCUGUCCCAAACAGAAAGGCACCUUCUGGGCCUGCACGGCGUGGUGGUGAUCCUGUUGCCUCUCAGCCUGGUCCUCUUGGUGAUGGGAUGGAUCUUUGGACUCGUCAGCUCGUUGGCCUGCAGUCGCAUGCUGCUGGCUGCAUCAGCGUCCUACUUUCUCCUGUGCAGCGUUUUCACCCUGACGGGGGUCAGCGUCUACAUAAAGUACUCAAACCUGGCCAUGGAGGAGUUCCAGAGGAUGGUGCUGCCAGAGAGCCUCGUCUACGUGCACGUGUCGUUUGGCUGGUCGCUGGCUGUAGCCUGGCUGUCCUACGGCCUGGAGGUGCUGACUGGUCUGCUGCUCAUGCUGGCUGCCAGACUGACCCAAGUUAAGGGGAGUUAUGAUUCUGGUGUAGCCAUCGCCAUGCUGCAGUGAGGGCUUCAAACAGGUCAAGGAUCUAAAACGCAGACAGCAGUAGCAGUGGGACGAGCGUAACUCCGAGCCAGCUGCAGGAAUGUUACGAUGUGGUCUGCUGCUCGUCUUUAUUCCCCCGAUUCAGCUGCAUUAAUGCAGCCUUGUUGCUUUAUCACCUUGUUUGUUCCUUUUCAUGAACAGGAUUCAGCGCUGGGCUUCCCUCAGUGGGAACCACCACAUGGACCACAGCAUGCAAAAGUGUUCUGUCCUGCAGAACAGCAGAUCUCUUCUGGAGGAGAAGAGCUCUGCACAGACUUGGCUGUGGGCUGGACCCUGGACAGGGCGAGCACUAGUCAGGGAAAGCAGGUGGAGAUCAGCAGAUAUGCAUGCUACCUGCCUGCUUGGUGCACGACGAUGCUACACACUAGCAUACGACCCGCGUUUUAAUAGUGUUGCAUUGUUCGUUGCUCUUUAACUGGUCACUUUUAACACUUUUAAUCGGUACGACCAUCUUUCCAUUAGUUUCAGUCUUCGGUCCGUCCGGUUGCAGGUGAGCUCGCACGCCUUCUAGGAAUUAAAGGGUGUGCUAGCACUAAUGAAGGACGAAACCAGCUGCAAUGCAGGUCAUUAGUUUUAUUGGAUUUUGAUUGAUUGAGAUGUUAAUUUGAACUUUUAAAAACAAUAACCAGAAAUAUUCAGAUAGAAGAGAGAACAAGAGUCUUAGCCCAAAGGGAGUGGAAGAGGCCAGUGCUUCAGAAGCUAAAGGAGUUAGCUAACGCCACGCCACUACUCUGAGACGGACACAGUCAGGUCCUAGCGGGACUAAAGGCAGGAUCAGGAACACUAACCGGCUCCAGAUGCAUGAUCCUGGAAGAGAAGGUCGGGGAAUUAAACAUCUGACAGGUGAGCGGAGCUCCUUCCAGUGGAAGUCCCACGGCCGCAUUCGACUGCAGCCGGUAACCUGCAGGUCCGCAGCCUGAUUAAUGGGAACGGCGUUGUGAUAAAAGCUUGUAAUUAAUUAGAUCACACAUUAAUGCAUGUUUGAAACACCGUUAUCCAUCACUCU